AUUGUUGAAGGACUUUACUAUCUCUUCAGGGAGUUGUUACCCAGCCUUACAAAAAAUCUGGUGACAGGAUAAUUGAGGACAUUGAUGUUUUUGAGUAUGCCCCAGUUUGCUGGGCCUACCUCCUGUCUCAAGCAAAGAAUGAAAGUGCUGAGCAUGAAAACUAUGCUUCAAUUUCCAUGAAGGCUCAGUCAACAAAUCAGCGUUUUUCUGAGCCUGUGUAUGUACCAGGUGUGCCUGAAGUUUUUGAAAGGAUGUAUGUGCUGGAUAUAAUUAGAGAGGGUGGAAAAAUCCCCAACUGCAGUGAGUUGAACCUUACAGAGACAUCAAUCAAAAAAGCUACUAAUGUUGAAAAGAUUUUGCUCAGUCUUCCUCCAUUCAUGGAUUACUACCUUUGUUGGAUUGGCUAUGAUGGUACUACACCUAAAUCCAGUUUUAACAUCAAUUCAGAGAAAACAUUUUCCCAAAUGAAAGCGGAAGUGGAAAAUUAUUCUCAUUUGGUUAUAAUGCCACCACUCCAACUAAAGGCUGUUGGAAUUGAAGGACCACGUCUAGUCCUUCUCAGUCAUGAAAAACUUGGCAUGUACAUGGAAAAAAACAAAAUGACUCCUCAAAACAUUGUCGUUUUUGACCCUCUUGCUGGAAAAAGUGUUGCAGUGAAUGUAGAUGUACUGGCUAAUACGCUGAGAGAUGUCAGAGAUGAUCUAACUUUCAAAGUCACUAAGACUCCAAAAGAGGCCAUUGUGGUACUCUUUGAUUCAAGUUCCUCCAUGGGUCAGGAAUGUUUUGAUGAAGACUGCAAAAUGAAUCGAAUUGAUGCCAUCAAAGAAAUAUUUGACAGCUUUUCAAACCGUUGCAUGGCUUAUAAUUUUGACCAAGUUAUCUGCCUUGUAAAAUUUGACUCUUCGGUAAAAACACUUCACACAUUCACAGAAACAGUGGAAACCUUUAAGGAGUAUAUUCAUAGACUUAAGCCACAAGGACAGACUUUAUUGUAUGAUGCAUUAAAUCAUGGAUGCCAAGAGCUUCUUCAAAUCCAAGAGAGAUUUCCAGACUGCAAAUGUCGCAUUAUUUGCUUGACAGAUGGAAAUGACUGUGGGUCAAAAUCUGAUCCAGCUGUCACUGCAGUCAAGUUGAUGGAUUCAAAAAUUGUUGUUGAUGCUGUGCUAAUUGGUAAAGUAGACAAUACUGUGUUGCAUGGGAUCAGCAAUGUUACAGGCGGUUGCUGUUUUAAGCCUGAGACAAGCAAAGUAGCCUUGCAACUCUUCGAGAUGGAAACAGUCUUGUCAAUGGAACUAAGGAAGGAAAAGAAAAAAUAUGACAUAUCAUCAAUUAAUCAUGUGAGUGACCUAAACAUUUUUGAUACCUGUGGCUACGAUGUCAAACCAGAGGUGAAACUACCUGCACGGAUACACAACAAAGUGACAAUGACAGAGAAUGCUUUGAAAAAGAGAAUCAUGGAAUCCAAGACAGGGCACUUCAUGGAGAAGGACAAAAGAAUUUUGGAAGAGCUAAAAAAUCUUCACUGUGACCCUCACCCUUUCUGCACAGUGCUGCCAUCAGAGUCUGAUUUUACCUUUUGGAAGAUUCUUAUGAAAGGUCCUCCUGAAACCCCUUAUGAACAUGGAGUCUUUGAGCUGUAUUGUGAAUUUGGUCCUGAGUAUCCUGUGAAACCACCUCUUAUGAGAUUCUUCACCCCUGUGUACCAUUGCAAUGUGAACAGUGAGGGAAGAAUAUGUCACAACAUAUUUGAUCGAAAUUACUCAUCCCAAAUCACCAUGAGAGAAAUUCUGGAUGCAGUGUUUGGGCUCUUGAUUGCACCUGAACCGAGUGAUCCUUUGGACAGCAUUUUGGCAGAAGAAUUCCAGUCCAGCAAACACAAAUAUGAGGAAGAAGCCAAGAAAAACACAGAAAAAUAUGCAAAUUCCUCUCUGGAUGAGUUGGAAAAGAAAUAUGUAGGUCCAGAACUAUCUAAGACUAUGAUCCCUCCUUACCUCAUUUGCCCUCUGUCAAAGAAGUUGUUUGUUGAUCCAGUGAAAACAAAAGCUGGAAUGGUGUAUGAACGCCGUGCUAUUGAGGCUCACCUUAAAAUGCAUGGAAGUAAAGAUCCACUGACAAAAUCUUUUCUACGAAGAACAGACUUGAAGCCAGACAAAAAUAUGAAAAAGGCUGCUAAGGAAUAUCGCAUGUCACAAAUUCAGGAAACAUCAGUUUAAGAUGUUUCCACAUACAUUACCAAAUUAUGAUGAACUUGCAAAUUAUUAAGUGUAUAUUGACUUUUUUUUUAAGUAGGGCUUUCUUUAUAUUAGUCUGUUAGAGGUAAAACAUAAGAAACAUACUUUUAACAAUAUAUUACUACAUGCCUGUAACUCAAAAUAUUGAUUUCAUUUUUAUGUUAGUUAAGAUGUUAAGAUGAUUUAACUUUAAUAUUUGUAAGAAUUAGCAAAUCACAAAUGAAUACACAAGUAAUGUUGAAACUAUAUGGACCUUUUAGAUAUUAACAGAAUUUUUGUUGACUCAAAAUGUACGCAGUUUGUGAUAUAUUCAGUUAUAAAACACAAUAUCACAUGCAGUCUUUACACAGUCUAAAAUGGUCUAAAUAUAUUUUUGUACUCUCCUUACUUUCAUAUCCAUUGUAUGAAGCUACAUUUAUAAUGGUAAAAGGCCAAAAUGGUCUU